AUAUCUCUACCUUCAAUAUAUAUAUAAGAUGUGUGUGUGUGAUCAAUCGAUCAUCAUCGUAUUGCACAUUUCUACAAUGGCCUACAGUCGCCUUCAUUGCGAGCUUCAAGCAAUCCUGGUGGCCACUUUUCUGGCAUCAUCCGCCAUGAUCGUAUCUGGUGCAGGUCGAAUCGUAGAAGACGACAAUGGCGUGAGCCUGAUGUCACGGCUGAAGGUAGACGAAGCUGGGAAGGCGAGUUCAUGCUGGGAUGCACUGUUCCAAAUCCAAGCUUGCAGUGGCGAAGUGGUGCUGUUUUUCAUGAACGGGGAGACUCGCCUGGGGGCAGGCUGCUGCAGCGCCAUCGUCACCAUAGAACACCAAUGCUGGCCCUCCAUUCUCGGAGCCAUCGGCAUCACCCCUGAGGAAAGUGACAUUCUCAGAGGCUACUGUGACGCCACCGCCACUGCCGCCGCGCCGCCGCCGGACUCUCCCUGCAUUCCGAUCACACGUCGUUUAAUUUAA